UAGCUCCCUAUAAAUCCCACACACUCAUCACUCUUUUCUCCCCUAACUUACUCAGAUCCAGAUUAAGCAAUUAAACCACCAUGGAAGUAGAAGCUCCCCAGGUUAGCACAUGGGAAGGGUAUGUGAACUGGAGGAACAAACCUGCUCUCAGAGGACGCCAUGGAGGCAUGCUUGCAGCCUCCUUUGUUCUGGUGGCGGAGAUAUUGGAGAAUCUAGCGUUUUUGGCGAAUGCGAGCAACUUGGUUUUGUACCUGAAGCAGUAUAUGCAUAUGUCUCCUUCGAAAUCUGCUAACAAUGUCACCAAUUUCAUGGGAACAGCUUUUCUUCUUGCUCUCCUCGGUGGUUUCUUAUCUGAUGCCUUUUUCACCACUUAUCGUGUCUACCUCAUAAGUGCACUUAUCGAGUUCCUGGGUCUGAUUGUACUAACUAUACAAGCUCGUGAUUCUUCAUUAAAGCCACCGAUGUGUGACCAAGAUACCUCGUGUCAAGAAGUUAAUGGUGGCAAAGCAGCAAUGUUAUUUGCUGGCCUCUAUUUGGUGGCUCUAGGGGUUGGAGGAAUAAAAGGGUCUUUGCCAGCACAUGGUGGUGAGCAAUUUGAUGAAGCCACACCAUCCGGAAGGAAGCAAAGAUCAACCUUCUUCAACUACUUUGUCUUCUGCCUAUCAUGUGGUGCCCUUAUUGCAGUGACUUUUGUAGUGUGGAUUGAAGACAACAAAGGGUGGCAAUGGGGUUUUGCAAUAUCUACCAUUAGCAUAUUUGUAUCUAUCCCAGUUUUCUUGGCUGGUUCAGCUACUUACAAGAACAAGAUCCCUUCAGGAAGUCCACUUACCACCAUUUUAAAGGUUCUUAUUGCUACUUUACUGAACAGUUGCACCUACAAAAAUACAAGCAGUGCUGUUGUGAAUAUGGCUUCAAGCCCUUCUAAUUCACACUUUGGUAGAAUAGAGUUAAAUCAAGAAACUGUAAAAGAUAGCACAACAACUGAAACACCAACAAGGCAACUCAAAUUUCUUAAUAAAGCAGUUACAAACAAGCCAAGGUAUUCAUCACUAGAAUGCACUGUACAAGAAGUAGAAGAUGUCAACGUAGUACUGAAAGUACUGCCCAUAUUUGCUUGUACCAUCAUUCUUAACUGUUGCCUAGCUCAAUUGUCCACAUUCUCUGUUGAACAAGCUGCUACUAUGAACACUAAGCUUGGUUCCCUAAAGGUGCCACCAUCUUCAUUACCCAUUUUCCCAGUGGUGUUCAUCAUGAUCCUAGCACCAAUUUAUGACCACAUUAUCAUACCCUACUCUAGGAAAGUGACCAAAUCAGAAAUGGGCAUCACUCACCUCCAAAGGAUUGGAUUUGGAUUAGUACUUUCCAUAAUUGCCAUGGCAGUGGCUGCUCUUGUUGAAAUCAAAAGGAAAAGGGUGGCCACUCACUCAGGCCUACUUGAUGAUCCAACCAAACCACUACCAAUCACAUUCUUAUGGAUUGCUUUUCAAUACUUAUUCCUCGGAUCUGCUGAUCUUUUCACCUUGGCUGGAUUGUUGGAGUUUUUCUUCUCAGAAGCACCAAUAAGGAUGAGAUCUUUGGCCACAUCUCUUUCUUGGGCCUCUUUGGCAAUGGGGUACUACCUAAGUUCAGUGAUUGUAUCUAUAGUAAACAGUGUCAGUGGAAACAGUACCCACAAACCAUGGCUAGAUGGUGCCAACUUCAAUGACUAUCACCUAGAGAGGUUUUAUUGGCUCAUGUGUGUCUUAAGUGGGUUGAACUUCCUACAUUACCUUUAUUGGGCUACCAGGUACAAAUAUAGAGGGUUGGGUACCACUAAUGAAUGAAGCAAAGGGGAAUGUUUCACAAGGUCUAAAUAUUCAUUUGAGUUCAAGAGUCAUUAAUCAAAUUUUGGCCAAGCUAGUCUUGAGCUAGAGUUGUGUUCAACAGGGUGCAUAUCAUUUAACCCAAUGCAAAUAGCAUUGACAUAUCCUAUAUAUGUAUGCUAGAAUAAUAGAAUAGAAAGAACACAGAAAAAGAAACAAAAAUAUGUACUGAUAGCAUCAUGUGUAAUCAUUCUAACUCUUUUGUUGAUCAAUAGUGAGAGCAAAAUGGUUUUUAUUCAA